AUGACAGACUUUAGCCAUCUUGCCGGUCCUUCAGAAGAAUGGGCUUCAUACCUAGCCAAGAACCCUCUGCCAAAGGGGGACGUUAUAUCAACCGAAUUUCGUCGUGCCCACAAUCCCCAGCGAUAUGCAGCCAGAGAUGCAGCGAUGAAGGCUCUCGGCGACCAUCAAGUCACAUGGGAAACACGAACAAUACCAACCUCAGACAGCCUCGAAAUCCCAAUUCGAGUCUUUCGCUCUGCCAUCCAAAAGGGACACGCCUCCGCCUUGAUUUACUACCAUGGCGGCGGAUUCCUGACGGGCUCAAUCUCAACUGAAGAUCCCUUUUGCAUCUCUUUAGCCCGGGACACUGGGUUUACAGUCAUCAGUGUCGGCUAUCGUGUGAUUCCCGAGUGGAAGGCUCCCACGCAGUUCAAUGAUGCAUGGGAUGCUCGUACUUGGGUGAUAAACAAUGCGGCAGAUCUGGGACUGCCACAAGAUUUUGAUUUGUACGUGGCAGGCACCAGCGCCGGGGGGUUUCUUGCGGCAAGCGUUGUUCAUAGAGAAAGAGAGCUGGGAGAAUCAUACAUCAAAGGCCAAUUUCUCGCCGCGCCUUGGCUCGUCCUCACUGAAAACUUUCCCUUUGACCCCAAAGUCGGCGACAAAACUUCACAUAUCCAAUGCCGCGAUGCUGAUUUUCUCUCGUACCCCCAAAUCGAGCAAUAUCGUGCUCUGAUGGGGGAGCCAGAGGAGUAUCGUGAUAGCUUGCUCUUGAACCCGCUUCUAUUUGAUGAAAAAAGUAACAUCAAGGAUUUACCUCCUACGCUCGUCAUGGUCUGUGGCGAUGACGCCCUGCGAGACCAAGGCUUGAUCUAUCAGCAGAAGCUUGAUCGGCUCGGUGUUCCGACGAAAUUGAAUACGUACGCAGGAUAUCCUCAUGUCUUUUGGAUCUUUCCAGACCUUGCCAUGAGUAAGACUUGGUAUCGCGAUCUGUUGGAAGGCCUUCAGUGGCUUACUGAGAAACAAGGGCAUGUUCGCAACUAG